AUGCCUAAACCAGUGCUGUACACCGUCGGUCUUAGCCCACCGUGUCGAGCAGUGGAACUAACGGCCAAGGCACUUGGAUUGGACUUGGAGCGUAGAACCGUAGAUCUGCUGGCUGGAGAUAAUCUGAAGCCGGAAUUCUUGAAGCUCAACCCGAAGCAUACGAUUCCGGUGCUGGACGAUGAUGGGACAAUCAUCGGCGAAAGUCACGCCAUCAUGAUUUAUCUGGUGCGAAAGUACGGCAAGACGGAUGCGCUCUAUCCGUCCGAUAUCGUCCAGCAAGCGCGCGUCCACGAGGCACUCCAUUUCGAGUCCGGUGUACUGUUUGCGCGACUUCGUUUCAUUACGGAACUCGUGUUCUUCGCACGCAAACCGGAGAUCCCUGACGAUCGCAUCGAGUACGUCCGGAAAGCGUAUCGUCUGCUGGAGGAUUCUUUGUGCGAUGAGUUUGUUGCCGGUCGUGGGAUGACCAUCGCCGACUUUAGCUGCAUUUCGACGGUCGCCUCUACGGUGGGUUUUAUUCCGCUGGAUAAAUCGGAGUUCCCGCGGACCAUCGCUUGGAUGGAACGGAUGAAGAAGCAGUUGCCGUUCUACGAGGAAGCUAACGGGGCCGGCGCUACCGCGCUGGGACAGUUUGUGCUGAAGCAGUUGGCCGAUAAUGCGAAGCUAUAA